CGAGAGCCGACAGAUGAGUACGACGACUUUGAGGACGGUGAUCUAGAGACUGCGCAAGACGACGAUUUGCCGGAUACAACUAUGCUCGACUCUGUCGUCUUACCAGCCAUCGCUUCGGAGGCGCGUGUUGCACUUAGUGCACUUCAGCGAGCGUUCACGGAAGCCGAACGCACAAUUCCUGGCGUUACAAUGGAGCUGGUAAACGAGAUCGUCGAUUCGGUGGAGCAUGUGGAGGACGAACGAUGA